GUGAGCUGUGCGUGGGAUAGGAGGAAGGAAAAGGUUCGGCGGCCGGCCGCGUUCCGGAUACCAGAAUGGAACUCCAACACGCUAUAAAGGCCUUCAUUCUUGCAAAUAUUCUAUCAGUAGGCUUGGCAACCUUCGGACAUGAGCAUGUGCAUAUAAGGAUACAUUUGCCAGAGGUACUGCAGUACCACGAAAAGAAAGUCAUAAAGUAUGAGGAUCAUGGCGGGGGAGGUCAUGGAGGUGGAGGUGAUGAUCAUCAUAUAGAUGUCUCCGGUCCCGGGGAUAUAGAUGGUGGUUUCGGAGGUGGCCAUGGCGGAGGUUUCGGCGGUGGUUUCGGAGGAGGCUUCGGAGGAGGUCAUGGAGGAGGUCACGGCGGCGGCGGUGGAGGUUACGGAGGUGGUGGUGGCUUCGGAGGAGGUUUUGGAGGUGGUCACGACGAUAUCGGCGGAGGUGGAGAUGUCAUCAUAGAUCACAGCGGUGGAGGCGGUCACGGAGGAGGCUACGGUGGUGGCGGUGGUUUUGGAGGUGGCCACGGAGGAGGUGGUUAUGGUGGAGGCGGCGGGGGAGGUGAUAUCAUCAUUCAUGACCAUGGAGGACAUGGCGGUGGUGGAGGUUUUGGAGGUGGUCACGGAGGUGGCGGUUACGGCGGAAAAGGUGGCGGAGGCGGCGGUAUCAUCAUAGACCAUGGACACGGCGGUGGUGGCGGUUUUGGAGGUGGUCACGGAGGCGGCGGAGGCGGUUUUGGAGGUGGACACGGAGGCGGCGGAGGCGGUUUUGGAGGUGGACACGGAGGUGGUGGUUAUGGCGGAGGAGGUGGCGGAGGCAUGGCGGCGGCGGUGGCGGCGGCAGUUACGGAGGUGGCCACGGAGGUGGUUUCGGAGGUGGCCACGGUGGUGGAUUUGGAGGAGGCGGCGGAUAUGGCGGCGGCGGCGGUUUUGGCGGAGGACACGGAGGUGGCGGCGGCGGUAUAA